AGCCAGAGAAGAUCAGACCUGAACGAUCAGACCUGAGUCUCCAACUCAAGCGCGGCACUCACACACACACACACACUCGUACACACUCGGUCAUUUAUCCAGGCUCUCGGUGUGGUGUGAACAUGGCGCUUUACCGGAGUGGCACCAGUACCAGCUCGGACCCGCUGAAGUUCAGCAGUGAGGAGCGGAUUAAUAAAGCGGGUUCGGUUACCGAGGAGCGGCUGGACAGCGGACUGGACUCACUGCGCGAGGACGCGACCGAGGAGGACUGGGGCGCGCGCGACACGCUCUCGGUGGAGCUCGAGAAGCUCCGCGUGGAUCCUGCGCUCGAGGAACCGUGGAGAACCGAAACCACCGAGGACGGAGACACGUAUUUACACCUGGCCGUUAUUCACGAAGCUGGAGACACGGCGAUGAGGAUGAUCGAGAUGUCCAUCAAUCACCCGUUCCUGAACAAACAGAACUACCAGCGACAGACGGCGCUGCACUUGGCCGUGAUCACCGAGCAGCAUCAGGUGGUGGACCGGCUCCUGAAGGCCGGCUGCGACCCCACGCUGGUGGACAACAACGGUAACACGGCGCUCCACAUCGCCUGCAGGGCGGGGUCGCUGCCGUGCUUCGGCCUCCUGACGCAAAACUGCAGACGGUACCUGCUGUCCAUCCUGCAGAGUCCCAACUACAGCGGUCAGAAAUGUUUGCACAUAGCAGCGGUGCACGGCUUCCUCUCACUGGUGGAGAGUCUCGUGGCUCUGGGAGGCGACAUUAAUGAACAGGAGCAGUGUAACGGCAGGACGGCGCUGCAUUUAGCCGUAGAUCUGCAGAACCUGGAGCUGGUGAAGCUCCUGAUCAGCAAAGGUGCCGACGUGAACAGUCUAACGUACGGUGGGCACUCGGCGUAUCACCUCACCCACGGCCGGCAGAACGCCGACAUCCAGAAGGCCCUGUACCACGUCACCAGUCAGGACCUGAGGGAGCUGCCCGAGAGCGAGAGCGAGGACAGCGAGGACGAAUCCGACAACGAGUCCGACGUGGAGAUGUACGACGAUAUCACGUUCAUGGCAUAAAGGACAGAAACCAUCGGUGCUGUGAAAAGACUUUAAAAAAAGAAGAAGGGAAAGGAAAAGGAUAAACGUUCCCGGGAUAUGUUAGAAUAAACACGAUGCUGUACCGGGAACGUGCAGACGGAGGACCGGGAUCGCCGCGAGAACGUGGCGGAGGAGACGGCGGGAGAGACGAGGAGAAGAUGGAACGUUUGGGAUAUUUUAGGGUUUAUGGAAGGAGCGGAUACUGGAACGUUCCUGCUGAUGUGGACUGAAGUGCUUCCCUGUAUAAAGCUGUAAAUGAUUGUACAAACAGAUUUAUUUUUAUAUUUCUGCGUGUUUCUGCAGAGACGCCGAGUGUAAAUGUGUGUAAAUGUUUUCUGCUCUGAUUGUUUGGGGAAUCCCAGAAUGCCGCAGUAAAUUAAAUAACUCCUGAAACAGA